AUGAAGAAAUAUCAAAGCCUUGGUGACGAAAAUGCGGGACUUGUGGUGCCAUGGUUAAUUGGAAUUUUGACUUUCAUGAGUUUUGAAGCUCUCGCACUCGUCUAUGCGAAUGUACUGAAAGAUCAAAUUCUAGGCUCACUCGCAAUGUGGGCUGUUAUGAAAUUCUAUCACAUGCUUCGUUCAGGCAUUUCUUGGAAAAUAAAUGAGACAAUUAUUGAGCUCUGACACAGUUCAUACGACAUGAAAACCUCAACAACGCACUCCUACUGUGACGAUGACACGCAAAAUGAAAACGACAUCCUUAAUAUUGAUGCGAACAAGAAUGAAACUUAUCUGAUCGAUAGCAAUAGUCAUUGUCGAAGAAGAAAUGCUAAAGUCGUUGAUAACGAGGAUGACUGUGAUAGUUUGUCAGAUAAUGAAGACGACUCAGAUUGCGAACGUCACAUUGGCGACGGUUUCAACGAGAACGACACGUUUCUAAAAGCAUACGAUGCGAAAACAAUAUCAUCGGUGUGACAAUAAAACGAUUUUUAAGCAUCACACAAUGAGAAAGUUUGAAUUACAAAUUUAAAAUAAUGUUUGUCGUCAGUCGCAACUCUCAUCUCUUAUCUCGUAUCGGAUU